AUGGUGGAGGAAGCCCGGAAUACUCAUUCUUCAACAUAUUCUGAGAUCGCCAAUUCUGCGCUAGAUGUUUCGCUGUGGCAGCAACUGGUUGGCUCAGACGUUGCGGGCGGUGAUAUGUUCCUGGAGAAUCUUGCCUUGGAAUGGACAAAGGUCAUGGUCGGGAACCAGACCAGUGAGACUUCCCCUGCAAACUUCGAAUCUGGCGAUCCAGUUGAGACACCAUCACCGGCUGCUGAAAAUCACGGCAAAGAUCCCGUGGCAGCCAGAGGCAGAAACUUGGUAGGCUCGUGGCAAGGGUCUCCGAUGCGCCUCCUCAAUUCGAGUGUUGAAUUACUAUUACUCAACCAGAGCUUGGGCGAGGUCUAUGAGUACAUGAUGUCCGGAAUUGCCAUCAGAUAUUUGGACUAUAACUGUAAUCUUUUUGCAGGGUCGUAUCGCUACUCCUUUGUUGUCAAUCGUCCUGACAACCCACCGUCAGAGCCGGGGUCGAUACAGGCUAUGGCCAAAGCCUACACUCCUCCAUGGAAACGCGCAACGCGGAGUCGCUCUACAGUAUCAAGGAACCAAACCGAACUGUCACCCGAAAUCUUGUCGAGUCAGACCAACAAAGUUACUAUGAUUGGUAUUGCUAGAUUUCUCGACAACUUUGGUUCUUUGUACGGGAACAUCAUUGACGCAAAGACACGGAAGCAGAAUGAUCGCACGUUGACUGCCGUACUCCAGGCAUUUUCUCUUCAAUUCAGCCCCUCUCGCAAGGAUGACCCAUCAAGCAUCCCCGAGCCCGAUCAUCUCAAGAACCCAGGCUGUAGUACAACCUUUGAAGCAAUGUCGGGAGCUUCGGUCAGUACCACCACUCACAUUUUUGUCACUGCAUGGUUGAAUGCCUACGAGCAUCUGAUCGAGCCGCAACAAUGCCCCUCUUUCCUCCGCUUCUACGCGGUCUUCCUGUUUAUGAUGACGACCGUUCCAUCUGAGGCACUUGUCGGCCUGCAAGCUCCCGUCGAUACUCUGAAUAUCCUUGAUUCGGCGCUUCGACAGAUGCAGGAGUUGCGGAAGUUGAUAGACAGCCACUGCUCUCAUCUCGAUAACACUUCGAUAUACAAAUUCCUCUUCCAAUCGUGCUUGGACAUAUUUGGCUGGUACGCGUAUCUGCGAGAUACCAUUUCGUCAGUGCUGAACGCACGCACAUGUAUUCUUGAUGAUGCCCCUUUGCGACUAAAAGCGACAACAGCAACCAGAGAAGCUUCAUGUGCCUAUGUCUCUGCAUUUGACAUUAAAGUACCAUCAUGCUGUCAAAGUGCAGCCGGAGACCUUUUCCAUUUAUUCAGACAGGUGAUCAGACUUAGAGACGCCGCGGACACCACUUCUGUAUCAAAUGUAAGCAUUGAUGUGGCCAACCUACAAGGACGAGUUCGGGAAUCCAUAAAUACGAUGAACGCGUAUACCUCAUUGUACGGUUCAUGGCUCGAGCAGUGUAUCAUUUCAUUCUAUAGACUCUCGGAAGAGUCGAAAUUGUCAUCGGCAUUUUUGCUCCUUUUCUGGAAUCUUGCCCGCUUUCAAUUGGUUGAGCAGUUGCAUAUUGCUACAGACGUUCUACCCGCUGAUGAGACAUGCUCGAUCCUGGAACAAGCCCAGGCACUUCAAGCUUCGGCGGUACAAUCUGCCGCUGCUACAGCGCGCCGUAUUGCUGACAUUUCAGCCACGGGCCAAUUCAGACUUCUAAACAGCACUCAAGCACGACUACAAUUCGUCUGUCACCACGCCAACACAAGCCUUGUGGUCCUGUCCCUUGUCAAAGCUAUAGAACAUACCAUUGAUCUGAACGUUUCACCACAAUGCGAAGAUAUGAGCACUUACAACCUAUCGAGCAGUCUGGACUCUACCCGCGUUUGGAUAGAUGACAUCAAGCCACUUUUGACUUGUCUUCUGACUGUAGCAUCAACAAUCUCCGGCUCAUAUACCGCAAGGCCUGCGCUGCAGCAACUAAUGCAACAAUAUGGUGACAUUCUCAUGGACUGUUGGUCUCAUGAAGAAGCUACGAAAGCCCUCUGA